GCUGGGGCGGAGCACGUGUCACCGUGCGGAGGGCAGAGGCGAGCGGAGCCCAGAAGCUGGCGAGUCGGCAUCUCAUCUUAGAAACAAGAAACUCAUCUCCCCGUCCCCCCUCCGCUGCCUGCCGGGCGCCCAUCCUGUUUUUCGGGGAACUCAGGAAAGUGCCCUGAGGGUGACCAACCUCCGUGCAAGGACAGACACCGCAGGCUCCCUCAGGGGAAACUGAGGACCAUCCCUUCAGACCCAACCCGGGCACCAUGAACAGGGCAGGACGCCUGGCUCCGCCCCGCCUCUUGAUUCUGCUGUUGGUCCUCCCCCUCCACCCCGAAGUCCUCCUGGCAGAUAGGAACAAGGAAAAGGAAUUGGUUCUGGGCGAAGCUGGCAAGGAGGUCCGGCUGCCUUGCCGUUCAAAGGAGAAGAAAGAUGUGGCUUUCAUCUGGAAGCAGCCGGACGGGGCCAUGGUCAUACGCGGGGGAGGCCCGUCCGUCAAAGGAAAAGGACCGACCCAGCUCCAGAACCGAGUGAUCUUUCCCGACCAAAAAGAUCUGGGCAACUUCCCUUUGAUCAUCCAAAAUGCGGAGCUGGCGGACUCCAAGACCUACUUCUGCGAGGUGGAAGGCAGCAAGAAAGAAGUCCAGCUGCUGGUGUUGAGGAUGUCCAUCGCUGGCUUUAACCCGCUGUCCGCCUCCGGAAGUAUCUCCUUGCUGACUGGCAUGAGAAUGAAUGUGACCCUGCACGGGCAGUUAUCUGUAGCCAUUUUGUCUGCGGUGUUGCAAGGACCAAAAGGCAAGAAAUCGAGCCCCCAGAAACUGACCUCUGACCCGCUGGUCACCCCGCCCUUGGGCAUCGAGGAUUCUGGACUUUGGAAAUGUAUCGUGUCCGUUCCCGCCAGGUCCUCUGAACCUCUGACCAUGGCUUUCAACAUCCAGGUGCAAGGCUUUCAGAAGCCCUCGGAGACGUUCUACGGAGUGGCCAAUGAGUCGGUCACAUUCGCCUUCCCCCUCAACUUCAAGCCCUCGGAACUGAGCGGGGAACUGGACUGGAACCAGAAGGAACCCUUCGACCUCUCGGCCACCCUCUCCCUGAAGAACGAAAAGCAGCGCUGGGUCUGGAGAUCGGCGAAACUGGGGCCCACGGAGGAGGGCUCGGGCCACAACCUCAGCUUCAGGGUGAAUCGCCUCCGGACCCAGCACGCCGGCUCGGGCUGCCUCCGCCUGAGGAUCGAGAAUCAACCCAGCGGGAAGUUGGAGCAGAAGGUCGAGCUGGUGGUGAUGGAAGUAUCGGUGAACCGGACGCCGGAGAGGACCCUCCCGAAGCUGAAGUGUGAGGUGCACGGCCCUGAGUUGUCCUCUUCCGCGCUGGAGGUCUGCUGGGCCCUGGGAAACAAGUCAGAGGAGUGUCAGAAGCAGCGGGUACAGGUGGAACCCGAGGAGGCCGGGAUCUGGAAGUGCCAGCUCAGAUCCAACAGUCAGAUCCUUCUGCGAAAGAUCAUCCGACUGGAGGAGACCAGGGUGCUGAGCAGACACCUGCUGCUGGGGAGCGGGCUGGGGGUCAGCUCCGGCCUGCUGCUGGCCAUCGGGCUGGUAGUGUUUUGCUCUGCCAGGCGCCGGCACCGACGGCAGCGGGCUGAGAGGGUAUCCCAGAUCAGGAGGCUCCUGAAUGACAACAAGACCUGCCAGUGCCCCCACCGAUUCCAGAAGCGAGGUUUCCCCGUGUGAGCCUCUGGGUCACCCCCUCCCCUCGCUGCCAGCCUUCCGGCCUGUCUCUGUGCCACCCGCCCCGGGAAGCCCAGGCGGGCAGCCCGGAGGCAGGAUGUACGGAGCCGGGUCAAGCCGACUUCUGCCAAUCCCCCGCCCCACGGUCCUCUGGUACAGGAUAAACUUUCUGCUUCCUAAACAGCCUGGACCACCCCUCCUGCCUCUCCAUCCCCUGCCCGCCCCUUCCCCGUGGCCCGGAUCCGGCCUUGGGACGCCCAACUUUCCCGCCCCUGACCCACUGGAGGUCAUCUCGUCCAUCCCCCUGCCUUCAGGCCGGACCGCACCACCCAAACAGGCUGAUGGGCGCGCCCGGGGAAGCAGGCGCUCCCUCUGGAAGUCUCCCUUCGAUCCCGCCCGCUGCUGUUUCAGCCCCGUUUUCUCUUGUUCUGUCCUCAGUGGAGGAGUGGGGGCCACCGACCCCUGGAAAAUUCCCCUUCAGAGUACUGAAGAUGUGGUCGCCGGGCAGCCGCUUCUCCCGCACUUCCUCCAU